AUGGCAUCGCUAAAUCCCCAUGUCAAGCUCCCGACCCUCACGGGAGAUAAUUACUAUGACUGGAAAUUUGCGGUUUCCAUGGUCAUGCGGCGCAACGCGUGCUGGGAUGUUGUGAGUGGAAAGGUGUCGAAGCCUGCCGAAGACAAGUUGGGAGACUGGCCGAAGAAAGCGGAAGAUGGACUCACACUGAUCGGGCUCACAGUCGAUCCGAGCCAGUACGGCUACAUUCGUGAUUGCGCGGAUGGACCGGCGGCAUGGAAAGCAUUGGCGGCGGUCUACGAGAAAAAUAGCCGCGCGAACCGAAUCGCCCUCAAGCGUCAAUUCUACAAUUUCGUGCAUGAUCCCAAGUGUCCGAUCCGGGAUUACAUCAGCGGCAUUACCGAUUUGGCAGCAAAGUUGAAGGGCAUUGGAGUUGCGCUCGAAGAUGAAGAUGUUACUGAUGUCCUUAUAUUCAAUCUACAUGAGGACUACUCUAAUAUCGCGGGCACACUCACAGCCACCAAGGGUGAUCUGAAGAUAGCAGAUGUGACAGGUGCUCUAGUCGACGAAGAAGGACGACGCGGAGGAUUGCCUAAAGCGGACGAUGAAAAAGAAGUCGAGAAUAUGGCAUUAUUCGCGCAGAAAGAACGUGACAGAAAUCGUAACGUGGAAUGUUACAAUUGCGGAAAGCGUGGUCACAUUGCUCGUGAUUGUCGCUUACCGGGCAGGUACAACGAAAAGAAUUCGGCAAAGGCCGAGAAGGCAUCGGUUGCCUUUGAUUUGCGAGACCUGCAUGCUGACGCACAUGGAUCUGAAGCCAGACAACGUAAUGCUUCUCCUUUUUCGGACGAGGAGAUCACGGUGCCCUCCGAAGUACUGUGCUUCCAUGUCGGUUUUGGGUCACGAAAUCCGUCCCAUAGUCAGUCAACCACUGCGCCCUGCAGGAACCCAUGGAUAAACUGGUUUUCAACCUCGCCGAGUUUCGGGCACGCCCAGAUCUGCGGGGAGGAAGUGACAGACGUUAUCAGUCCCAAGACGUUCCGUACCCCGGAAGUUAUCUCGCAAUGCGGAUGGAACCUCGAAUUCAAGGUCGACGUUUGGGCCGUCGGAUGCCUGACGUUUGAGCCGUUGACUGGAUCGCAGCUGUUUACUCCCGAAGACAACCCUUCCGAAAGCGUCACUGCAGACGACGAUCAUCUGCUGCAUAUCAUACAGAUUCAAGGCUAUCAUAUCUCUUCCGAAUUCCUCGCCGACUCCCCGAAUCAAGACCAAUUUUUCAACGCCGAUCAUGGUACGAUGAUACACGUGCCCACGAAGGUCGAUCCUAGGACAAUAGCUGAGCACAUACGCGACUCCGAGACCGUGGACGACCCUCGCGAGUUGGCGGUGGCUGCAGUGUUCAUCGAGUGUCCCUGA